AUGAAUGAAUCAUUCACUAUUUCUUCUUAUCUUAGAACAGAGACUGAUGAAAUCAAAGAAUAUAGUGGCAAUAUCACCACUCAUAGAAAAAAAAUUCCGUAGUUGAAAAACUUGAUUUCCACUGGAAAACCAAAGCAGAAUAAAUUCAAUCCAAUUAUUGAUUCAGUCAGAAGCAGCCAAAGUUAAAGAUCCUCUAAAGGGAAUCUAGCUCAGCAGACUCACAAUAAUAAUAUGCUGUUUAAGGAUUCUUUUGAAUUGUUCCUUGAUGGUAAAAUAACGAGCAUAGAAUUACUGCAAUUAUCCAACUAUCCUAGAUUACGAUAACAAUUGAUGGAAGAUCAUGCUGAUUCAAAGGGAAUAAGUAUUUUGGGACCUCUGGUGAGAUUUAAGAAUAAGUUUAAACACAAAUAAGUUAGAAACACUUAAGAUGAUAGGAGUGUCUAUUUAAAAUCCAAAUUGCAUGGACUAAACAAUUUAAUUCACACAAGAAUGAUGCAAAAGAAAAAAGAUAAUGAAACUCAAAGAAGAUAAAAUCUAUAAAACGUUGGAUUGUUUAAAACUAUUGUGGAUGCUUCAGAAGGCAUUGAGGAUAAAUUAACUUAAAUUAAAGAUCCUUUUACUAAAAAGAUUCCCUCUAUUAAAUCAUUAAAGACCAUGACAGUCAGUUAUGAUGAUUUGAAACCAAUUAUCAAAAGUGCAAAGGAGAUUCCUGCGAUUUCCAAAAUCUUUUUAAAAAACAAUUUAACUGAAUCAACAAAAAAAUAUAUGGAUGAAGCCUCAAGACAACAAUAUCUUAAGUAACAAGAAUUAAACAAGCUUACUAAAAUGCAAAUUACAAAAUAAUCCAAUUCCAAAUUUCAAUUGUACAAUAAGGACGUAUUGACAUCCAAAGAUCUAGAACUCUAUGAUUAUCUUCACAAUAAACCAAAACCCAUUAUUCUUAGAAAUCAUUUCACUGAAAUGGAUGAAGAAGCUAUUCCGUCCCAUGAGAUUAUUGCUUCUAAACUUGGAAACCAAAGACUCAAAAAGAGAUAUCAUAAAACAGAGUAAAAAAUUCAUGAAGACUUGGACAAUGAAUCUCAUACUUCUUCAUUGUAAUCUACUUAUGAAAUUCAUCUAGAUAAUUUAUAUUCUUAAACUGUUGAUUUAAAAAAACAACUCACUAAAAAGACUACUCUUCCAAAAAAAGUUAAAUAAAUGAUUAAACUAGAUGAGCUCAACCAACAAUCUCUUUAGGCAAAUGCAUUCAAAUUGACACAUUGA